ACACCUCGUAUCGUCGAAUCCUAGGAAACAAAAUGUCUCCGCAACUAACUGUUUUGUUCGUCCUCAUCUACCUCCAUUGCCACAUAGCGUUGGGGUCCGACCCGGACCCGGUUCAAGAUUUCUGCAUUCCCAACCUCAAAGUCGGCGCCAUUCUGACCGCCCGGCUCGACAUUCUGCCCUGCAAGAACGCCACCGAGGUGGUGCCGGAGGACUUCGUCUUCUCCGGUAUCAGACUCCCGGGAAACUUCUCCGACACUGGCCUAGCCUCCAUACCCGUUAGCCCGGCUGUUUUUCCGGGUCUGAACACGCUGGGGAUGUCGUUCGCACGCGUCGACCUCAAAGUCGGCGGUAUAAAUCCUCCCCAUUUCCACCCCCGAGCCACCGAGAUCGUCCACGUGGUUCAAGGCCAAGUCUACUCGGGCUUCGUGGACUCAGCGAACCGGGUUUUCGCCAAGGUGAUCGAGGGAGGGGAGGUAAUGGUGUUUCCACGAGGGCUGGUCCAUUUCCAGAUGAACGUCGGGAAGUCGCCGGCGACGAUUUUUGGGAGCUUCAACAGUCAGAAUCCGGGCAUGCAGAGGAUCCCGUCCGCCAUUUUUGGGUCUGGAAUCGAUGACGAGCUCUUGGAGAAGGCAUUUGGGUUGAGUUCCAGGGAAAUUGGGAUGAUGAGGAGAAGGUUUUUUCCUAAGAAAGUGAAGAGUUGAAAGGGCAGUUUCGUACGUACGUACCGUGAGGUUGGUGUGGGAUUUGUGUUUCCAUCUUGAGGAAAGUAAUUAUAAUUUCUGAAAUGUAAUUCAUUCCAACAGAGAUUUCGAAAAAGAUUGUGAUCAAGGAAAUUAAGUUGGUUCCAGAGGGAAGUGCAACCGGACCUUCACUAUUACGGACUGGACCCAGCAAAAUUUAUACUGGCUAUAUUCAGGCCUUUUAUUUAUUCAUAUUCAUUUUAUAAUGGAUGCAUACUUUUUAUAUUUUCUCUCAAUAUAUA